UAAUAAUAAUAAUAAAAAUGCAACCUUUUCUUUCUCUGAUUUUGUUUUUCAUAUCUCAAUGUUGAUUAGUGCUUCACGAACAACAUGGUGAUGGAAAAUUGGAGACCAUGGUUUUGGGGGCACGUCGAGAAACACUACGUUGUUAAGGUCACCCUGUUGAGGUUGGAAUUUGGGGCAACAAUGGUGGGUGCUUUGGAUGAGGACAUAAUUGCCCUUCAGAUUACUGGAACAGCUACCAAAAAAGGGAAACUUUCUUCUUCUUCUUCAAAUUGUGCCCUCAAACUAGCAUCCACUCACACUACUUUGACUCCAAGAGUCAUCAAUUCUAAGGCACCUAUCCUGUGGGACGCACGUGACCUCUCUGCCUUUCAUCUCGUCCUCAACAAUGGCACCUUACACAUGAUAUUUCUAGUUUUACAUGGGGAGGGUGAUGUAGGAGAAUAUGAACCUGAAAUGGUGGUGGUUGGAGAAGUUUCCAUGAGCAUAACUAUGGCUGAGUUAACGCUGAGCGAAGAAAUGAAAAAUGAGACAAAUUCUUGUGAGGUUCAAAGAACAGUUCCAACUCAAUUGAAGGUGCAUGGUUUGUUCUUGGAAGCUUCACUUUCGGUUUCACUGAGUUUAUUGAAACUCAAAAAUUUUGAUGAUGACUUGCCAUUGCCAAGAACAUUUGUAAACAGAGAGCCAAACAUUGGGGAAAAUAAUGGGAAGUUUGAUGAAGUUGAGGAACUGAGUUCCUAUGAAUCAGACGAGUUACCUGUGUUUAAUUCGGAUGACUCGUCUGAUGAGUCCACCACAACCUCUAGCAGUGGCAGUAGCAUUGAAAAUCAGUGUGCAGUAUCAAGAGUUUCAAACGAGUCAGAGAGGCUUAUGGACUCAGAUACAGAGACCCUUUUGGACACAAUGCAGAAGAGUUGGUCCAUGUUGCCAUGGAAUAGAAGCUUCAAGGGAUGGAGUUUUAGAAGAACCACCUCAAGGAAUCAAGAGCCUUUAACCUCACAUUCAACUCACUGCACGAAAAUGGAUGAACUUUCUACACAAGCAUACUUUCAUCACACCACAAGUGGUUGGGAAAAUAAGGAAUUUUGGAGCAGAGAUGGGCAAGCAAAGCUGAAAACCAAUGUGUUUUUUGCUUCAUUUGACCAAAGGAGCAAACAAGCUUGUGGUGAGAGUGCAUGUACAACACUAGCAGUGUUAAUAGCACACUGGCUUCAUUCAAACCAUAACAUGCCAACACGGACUCAAUUUGAUAGCCUCAUCAAAAGGGGUUCCUCAGAAUGGAUAAGGCUGAGCCACAAUGAUCACUACCUAAAGCUCUUCCCAGAUAAGCAUUUUGAUCUAGAGACAGUCUUGAAAGCCAACAUCAGGCCUGUGGUUGUUCUCCCUCAAAAUUCCUACACAGGAUUUUUCUCCCCUGAGAAGUUUCAGUGCUUGGAAGGAGCCAUGUCCUUUGAUGACAUUUGGGAUGAGAUAACUAGAAAAGAUGAAGAGGUUGAUCAAGAGCCAAGAAUAUACAUAGUGGGUUGGAAUGAUCAUUUCUUUGUUCUGAAGGUGGAUGUUGAUGCUUGUUAUGUGAUUGACACUUUGGGGGAGAGGCUUUAUGAGGGAUGCCAAAAGGCUUUCAUAAUGAAGUUUGAUGGUUCAAGUUCUAUCCAUGAAAAGAGAAGUAAGAAACAAAGAGGUGAGAUAGUUUGCAGAGGAAAAGAGUGUUGUAAAGAGUUCAUCAAACGCUUUCUUGCUGCUAUACCACUAAGACAACUAGAAGAGGAGAUGAUAAGUAAAGGGAUUGUUUAUAAUCCUUCUUUGCACAGACAAUUGCAGAUUGACUUCCAUUAUAGCUUGUUAUCAUCCUUCCUUUCACCUUCUUCUAUGGGUGAACCUUUGCAACCUACUUAGAUAA